UUUUGAAAUACGUCUGACUGUAGUUAUCAUCUUGAAUAAUUUUUUUGUAGUACCAGCAAUGACAUUUUGUCACCAGUUAAGUCGAAUAUGUGACAAUACAAGAAAACUGAAAAUUAAAUAUCUGCAAUAUGAGCGGCUAUAACAUUCCUAUAAUUGAACCUACCAUUGAUUAUACAAAGGUUCCACCUAUAAAUCAAAAAAGAACAAUAGCAUUUAUUAAUCAUUUUAUUGCUCAUACGGUAAUAUUUUUAAAUAAAUUUUCACUGUCUUGCGAGGAGAGAUUUUUUGAAUUUGAAGACAAAUUGCAAAAGAUUGAAGCUGCGUUAGAAAUUUUAGAACAAAGGUUUUCAUCUAUUCCUCAUGUUGACACAAAAUUAGAAACCGAAGAUAACGUAAUUGAAAAUGAAAGCAAAAGCGAACAAGUUAAACAAGCUGAAGCUGCUGUUCCUGAAAUCGUUGAAUCCGAUAAGGUAAUUCGGAUCGAACAGACAGUUGAGAAAAGUGAGACACAGCCGGUAAGUUCAGAUCCGCAGUAUGAGAAAUAUUUUAAAAUGAUUCACUUCGGUGUACCAAAGCAAGCUGUUAAAUUAAGUAUGGAACAAGAAGGAUUGGAUUCACGUAUAUUAGAUAAUCCAAAUCAAUUAGUACCAAAAACAAAACCUGAUAUAAAUCCAGAUGUAAAUGCGAAUGGUUGAAGCAAAUGUAAGUUACACAUACACUUUCUCGUUGUACAGAU